AUGAGUGACUCCGCUCGUAUCGCAGCCUAUGGAGCUAUCACCAUCUGCACCAUUAGCAUUGCUGCUACACUCUUCUAUCUGCCGAUUUUCUUCUCGAGAAUCGACAAUAUCAGAUCUACUCUUGCAUUCAGCAUGGAGGAAUUUAAUACUCUUCAGGCUGAAGUCUGGGGGGACAUGGUUCACCUCCGUGGAGAGAUUCCAGGAUUGAAGAGACACCAAGUGAAGAGACAGGCUGGAAACGAACAAUGCAACUGUGAUCAACAAAAUUUGUGCCCAUCCGGACCAAAAGGACGUCCAGGAUCUGACGGACUUGAUGGACUCCCAGGAACGCCUGGAGAGCAAGGAGAGCAAGGACUUGCUGGAAUUGCUCCAGAAGCUGAGAAGACCAAGGAUGGAUGCAGAGUCUGCCCACCAGGACCACCAGGACCACCAGGAUACCCAGGACAGCCAGGACCACAGGGUCUUCCAGGAAACCAGGGAGAGCUCGGAGAGAUCGGACGUGAAGGAUCACCAGGACCACAAGGAGCUCCAGGAGAUAUGGGAAUGAUGGGAGACGCUGGAAAAGAAGGAGAAAAGGGAGCACCAGGACGUGAAGGAGUUCGCGGAGAGAAGGGACCGUCCGGACCACCAGGACUUCCAGGACUUGUCGGACCAAAAGGAUUCUCUGGAAACACCGGACCACCAGGAAACCCAGGAGAGCCAGGACCAGAAGGAGAGCAAGGGCCAGCUGGAAAGGAUGGAGCUCCAGGAUACGAUGGAGGAUUCGGCAACUACGGAGAGGCUGGACAGCCAGGAGAGGAUGCUGGAUACUGCAAGUGCCCAUCCAGAAAGCAAAGAAAACACUAA